CAGACACUAGAAAUGGUUAGAAUAAUGCAUUUAACAUCGAUGCUAGGAUUUCAAAGCGUUAAAAAAACUACAUACCCCAGGUUGUUCAGCACUUCCGGUAAGUGUUGCGUUUAGGGUACCAGGGACGCAACUUGCAAGGUGGUCUCCUGCCACAACCUCUGAUGCUGCCUACUGUCCUCCGCUGUGUUCGGCCCAUCUCUACCAGUCUUGCCUUAAGCCGGUCUCUGUCCCACUUCAGACCACGCAUGGACCCGGAUCCAAGCCGGCCCAUUGAGAGGUCAAUCAGAUCCAAACUGACUGACACACUCAAGCCGGACCAUUUAGAGGUCCACAAUGAAAGCCACAUGCACGCUGUGCCCCCUGGCUCUGAAUCCCAUUUCCGUGUCCUGGUUGUGAGCUCUCAGUUUGAGGGUCUGCCAUUGAUAAAGCGCCACCGUCUGGUUAAUGAGGCUUUGAAGGAGGAGUUGAGUAGCUGCGUUCAUGCACUAUCUAUCCAGGCAAAGACUCCUGAGCAGUGGAGAAGUAACCCCUCCCUGGCUAAGAGUCCGCCUUGCCUGGGAGGCUCGAGGGGAGAUCACACAGUGGAGGAGAAACUGAAGGCCGGGCGCGAGUAAAGUGGUGGACUAUGAAGCUGUUGGUCUGAACUGUGAAGAAGGCAGGUGAAUGUUGUAGAAAAGGUGUAAAAAUCGUUGUUGUUAAUGUAAUGGCAGUCAGGAUUCUGUUGUAGAUUUCAAUACAAAAAUGGGUUCCUGUGGUUAUUCUAUUAUAAUAAAACAUACAUUGUGAAGAUUAAAUCA